GCAGCUCCGCCGAGCAGUUGGCUACAGUUGUUUUAACUUUUUUCGAAAGCUCGGUUUCCCGGGAGAUCCCCGGCGGUGACAGUGCCGGGCCAUGGCUAGAGGCAGGAAGAUGUCCAAGCCCCGCGCGGUGGAGGCGGCGGCGGCGGCGGCGGCGGUGGCAGCGACGGCCCCGGGCCCGGAGAUGGUGGAGCGGAGGGGCCCGGGGCGGCCCCGCACCGACGGGGAGAACGUGUUUGCCGGGCAGUCAAAGAUCUAUUCCUAUAUGAGCCCCAACAAAUGCGCUGGGAUGCGUUCCCCCCUUCAGGAAGAGAACUCAGUUGCACAUCACGAAGUCAAGUGCCAGGGGAAACCAUUAGCCGGAAUCUACAAGAAGCGAGAAGCUGCAGAGAAAAGAAAUGCUGGGAACACGAUACGAAGCACCAUGAAAUCAGAGGAACAAAAGUUCAAAGAUGCCAGGAGAGGUCCCCUGGCACCUUUUCCAAACCAAAAAUCCGAAGCAGCAGAACCUCCAAAAACUCCACCCUCUUCCUGUGAUCCUACCAAUGCAGCUGUUGCCAAGCAAGCCCUGAAAAAGGCUCUCAAAGGCAAACCUGCUCCUCGGAAAAAAGUUCAAGGAAAAACACAACAGAAUCGAAAACUCACAGACUUCUACCCAGUUCGAAGGAGCUCGAGGAAGAGCAAAGCUGAGCUGCAGUCGGAAGAAAGGAGACGGAUAGACGAGCUCAUUGACAGCGGGAAGGAAGAGGGCAUGAAGAUCGACCUUAUUGAUGGCAAAGGCAGGGGUGUGAUUGCCACCCGGCGGUUCUCCCGGGGAGACUUCGUGGUGGAGUACCACGGGGACCUCAUUGAGAUCACUGACGCCAAGAAGAGAGAGGCGCUGUAUGCUCAGGACCCCUCCACAGGCUGCUACAUGUACUACUUCCAGUACCUGAGCAAAACCUACUGUGUGGAUGCCACUCGGGAGACAAACCGCCUGGGGAGACUGAUCAAUCACAGCAAGUGUGGGAACUGCCAGACCAAACUGCACGACAUCGCCGGCGUGCCUCACCUCAUCCUCGUGGCCUCCCGCGAUAUCGAGGCGGGGGAGGAGCUGCUGUACGACUACGGCGACCGCAGCAAGGCCUCCCUAGAGGCCUACCCGUGGCUCAAGCACUGACCGCACCGCCCUCCUGUGCAGGACUAAGUGCCCUCAAAGGGAAAGGAUUUUUUUUACACAUUUAAUCUUAGCAGAUUACUUCAGAUGUUUUUUAAAAAAAAAAAAAAGUAUAUUAAGAUGCCUUCUCACUGUAGUAUUUAAUAUCUGUUUACAGGUUCCUGAGUGGGCUUGAACAGAUGGCCUUAUAUUACCAAAACUUUUAUAUUCUAGUUGUUUUGUACCUUUUUUGCAUACAAGUGGAACGUUUGUGCUUCCCGUGCAUGCGGUCCAGGCCUCGGCACAGGUUUUAGAAGGAAGAGUCAGACAUGAACUAGGAAGCUGGGCGAGCGUGCCCCACACCUGUCCCGGGACAGGCAGGGCGCAGCACCCGGCCCGGCCUGGACGGCACGUCUCCAAGCUCUUGUUCUCCUUGUGUCUCGACAGGCACACGUUGAAGUAUGAAUAUUUUUUAAAAAGGUUUCGCAGUAAGCUAGUCUUCCCCUCUGCUUUCUUGAGCUUACCGACCCUGCUGGCUGCGAGCGACCCUGCUGGCUGCGAGCGUGGCCGGCCCAGAUCGCUUCCCCAGAGGCCGCUGCUUCAGGCCUCGCCUGGAGCAUCAGGGUGGAGGCCCCCAGGAAGAGGCUCCGCUCCCCAGCCCUGGGCGGGCCUUCCUGACACGGGGCUCUUUAUAGAAAUGUGAACACUGAGUUUAUUUUAAAAAAAAAUAAUAAAAAUUU